CACCCCUCCUCUCAACACUCCAUACACAUCAUGGUUCUCCCCCGAUCUGCCAUGCGCGGCUUCUCAGCUGCCCGUCUCUUCCGCUCUUCCGUCCGUCCUGCCACCCGUGCUGUUGCGCGUAGAGGUUACGCCAGCGGUCACGGCCACUCGGCUCCCAGCAGCGACUUGCCAUGGAUCAUCGGCUCUGUCGGUAUUACCGUUCCCGGCGCCUGGUACCUCUGGCCCGAUUCGUCCCACGGUGACACUCAUGGUCCCGGUGAGGCUCACGCCAAGCACCUCGAGGAGCACCCUGAGAUUGCAGAGCCCGAGGAGCAGGAAGAGGAGGAGGAGAAGUCCGAGGAGCAACCUAAGGAAGAGUCCAAGGAUGAUGAGUCCAAGGAUGACGAGUCCAAGGAUGAGCCCAAGGAGGAGUCCAAGGGUGGUGCCCUGAAGGAUGGCGAGGGCGAGGCUGUCCAAGCACCUCCUCAGUCCGGUCACGAGCCCGAAGAGGGAGAGUCCAAGUCGAAGCGUACCACCGAUGGCGCCAACAUGCCCGAGAGCAAGGGUGACGUCGAGGGCGUCAGCUUCAAGGGCCCCACCAGCGAGGGUGACUCGGACAACAAGAUGCCCGACGAGCGCAAGCGCGAGCCUGACGGCAAGGGUGCCUUUAAGAAGCGCAUCGACUCUGGCUACGGCAAGAAUCUCGGCGAAGGUCCUGAGUUCAGAUCUGAUGGCUCCACAAGCGCUGCCACCGCAAAGACCACCUCUACCGGUGGCCAGGGCGAUAUCUCUACUAAGCAGGCCGGUCUCUCCUCUACGCCCACGCGCCACAGUACCGAUAUCACCAAAGACCCCGAGAUGUCCAAGAAGGGUGAGGGAGCCCCUGAGACCGCCAAAUCACAAGGCACUGUCUCCGUGGGACGACCUACUCCUGAGAACCAGAUUGGGGAGAAGAAGGGUGAGACCAAGGAGAACACCCCCACCGAGUCCAAGGACGAGUAAAUUAGAAACAUCGCGAGUCUUUCCUAAUAUGUUCUAUCUGACCUACGACCACGAAGGUAACGAAAGCAACACCCACAUUUGCGAACUUUUGUACAUAUGGAAAAAUGUAACAUUACCGCCAAUGGGCAUGAGUUCUGCCUCCACUUCAACAAACUACUCUUCCUGCGGGAAAUUCAGAUGCGACGAAAGCUUGCGGAAGCUGUAGAAGAUAACACUUGGUGACUGGAAGAUCUCGAUCGAGCUGCAUGCAAAGGCGACGGGGAAGUACAUUGGGAUACUGGUGCUGAUGUUCAUGUUGAUGUGAAGCCUCAAAAGCUGAUGAGAUGUGAUGCUGAAAUUUGCCAAGUCCAAGAUUCUGAGCGGACAACCCUGACUACGAUUUUCAAUCUCCAAAUAUUGUAAAGAAACUCGUUUGUCCUUCCCAACCUUGCAUCCAGAGCAUAACUA